AUGGAUGGUGAACCUUCUUUGGACAACUUAACUAUUCAAACAGACUGGCCUGAUCCUGACGCUAAUACAGCAUUCGAAGACUCUAGCCUGGAUCCUCCAAGCUUCGACCACCUCAACGAUGACUCGAAUGCGGUAGACACCUCUUGGAGCUCAGGGUUCUUGCAGGACGCCGUAAGGUCAGGACCUAGGACAUCGUUAGCUUCAUCAGUCUUUGAACACGACGGUCUUUUCCAGGAAUCGACAGACGAAACAAACCAACGCAUCCUUACUGCUAGCCGUCAAGCCUAUAAGCCUGGUCCUGGCACAUGGGCUCCGGAGGUUACAGGAAACCUGUUCGGGGGACAGUACCAGAACAGUGUUGCUCGUUUCCAAAUUGGACAGAUGCAGGCGGCACAGGACCGCCACAUCACACACUCGAACUUUAACCCUCUUCCGGAAGCCGAGCCAGACAUUGAAAAUAAUUAG